CAACAUGCUGAGUUAAGGACAUGAUGACAAGGUUGUUGAUGGCCAUACCACCUAAAGAUGGCAACGGCAAAGAUUGCAACAUUGGCCAUUCGAACAUUGGCAAAACCAAUUGCAACGCAAAUAAAACAUCAAGCACAAAAUCAUCAAAGAUUUCGAACGAUAUGUAUCGGUCUUGCACAAUUUAUGCAUAGAACAGAAAUGGCAUUACGAACAAACCUUCUUGCUUCACCAUCUUCUACCAAAGAUGGAGAAAAACAGAAGAUACGACCACUAAAUGAAGCUAAAGCGGUGACAAAUGGAGCAAAUGCAUUAGCGGAAGGAUUCUUGUUUGCUCUUGCAACCGCUUUGAUCAUUGGAGAAUCAUAUAGAGGAAGUCGAAGUAGGGCAAAACAGCGAGAUCGAACAGAAGAAGGUUUGGAUGAGCUGCGAUUGAUCACCCAGACCAUAGCCGAAAGGGUUGGAGUAGAUUUCGAUAAGAUAAUGGAGAGAGUACACGAGAUUGAAGCAGAGAAGAAAGGGUCGGAUGAAUUUGAUGAUGAAGAUGAUGCAGAAAAGAAAGAACAUAAGAAGCAAGCAUCCCUGCUGCAAUCUCUGUACAAACAACGUCAGGAUAUGGAGAAAGAGAGAGACCGUCUCCAACAUGCGGUGAACGUCCUUCUAAGGCUAGCUUUGAAAUCUGGAUGGAUACAAGGGGCUGAAGCUUUACACCUGCAAAAGAUUCUCGAUGGCACAGAUGAACAUUCGAAAGAAGAGGAAGAAAGUACAAAUAGCCAGAAAGCACAUAUACCAGACCAGACAAAGGAACAGACCGCUACAGCACCAAACAAUAAGGACGAUAUAACAAUCACCACUCAAUCACCAAUCCUCACCCAACUUGCUCAAUUGCAGGCUCGACAAUAGAUGGCGAGUGAGGCUGUAUUAUACGCUCGGAGU